CCCAAAAAUGCGUUUGGCGCUCUAAACGUCUCCAAAUCUCUGAAAAACCUCCUCCUUCACUUCCUACUUCCCGUUAACCAAAGUCUUUCACUUCCAUCUCUAAAUCUUCACUUUCUCUUCCCAAAUUCCACCCCAAAAUCCUCCAAUGUCACAACCAUCUCUUCCUCCUCCCAUUCCCCCUCCUCUCCCAUCUCCGCCUAAUGGCGGAUUACUCGGUGGAGGAGCCCCGUGUCAAGUCCGAUGUGCCGGUUGCCGUUUGAUCUUAACCGUUGCGGCCGGUGUUGCGGAAUUUGUUUGUCCUACUUGCCGGUUACCUCAGAUGCUUCCUCCUGAGCUUUUGAAGGAUUUCCGGCCUCCUCCUCCGAUGCUCCCUCCUCUACCACCGCCAAACCCUAACCCUAAUUCGGUGGGACCAUCAAUUCCCACUCCUAUUCAGGCUCAAGGUAUCGAUCCGAAUAAGAUGCAGCUCCCUUGUGCUAACUGUAAGGCUAUACUCAAUGUCCCUCAUGGCCUCGCUCGGUUCAAAUGUCCGCAAUGCGAUAUCGAUCUCGCCGUCGAUGUCUCCAAAAUUAAGCAGUUUCUUCUUCCUCCUCCUCCCGAAGAAGUCAAUGAGGUAGCUAUUGAAGUUGAACAGGAGGAAGGUGAUGGUGGAACAGUGGGAGAGACGUUUACAGACUAUCGACCCCCUAAAUUGUCUAUCGGCCCCCCUCAUCCUGAUCCAAUCGUGGAGACAUCAUCCUUAUCUGCUGUGCAACCACCUGAACCAACUUAUGAUUUGGAGAUUAAGGAAGAAAUUGUGCAUUCGAAGGCGCUGUCUUGCUUACAGCUUGAGACAUUGGUUUACGCUUCUCAGAGACACUUGCAGCAUCUUCCAAAUGGUGAGAGGGCAGGAUUCUUCAUUGGAGAUGGUGCUGGUGUGGGCAAAGGUCGUACCAUUGCAGGGUUAAUAUGGGAAAAUUGGCAACAUAGAAGGAGGAAAGCAUUGUGGAUAUCUGUUGGUUCUGAUUUGAAGUUUGAUUCGCGAAGAGACCUGGAUGAUGUAGGUGCAACAUCUGUUGAAGUACAUGCUCUGAAUAAGUUGCCUUAUGGAAAGCUUGAUUCAAAGUCCGUGGGAAUCAAAGAGGGUGUUUUGUUUUCGACAUAUAGUAGUCUUAUUGCAUCUUCUGAAAAGGGGAAGUCUCGCUUGAGCCAACUUGUUCAGUGGUGUGGUGGAAGAGAUUUUGAUGGUCUUGUCAUAUUUGACGAGUGCCACAAGGCUAAAAAUUUGGUUCCUGAAGCUGGAGGGCAGCCUACGCGUACAGGUGAAGCAGUUCUAGAGCUUCAGGAUAAGCUUCCUGAAGCUCGUGUAGUUUAUUGUUCUGCCACUGGUGCGUCUGAACCACGCAAUAUGGGUUACAUGGUUCGUCUUGGUCUGUGGGGUGCUGGUACAUCUUUUUUAAAUUUCAAGGAUUUUUUAGGUGCUCUAGAGAAAGGUGGAGUUGGGGCUUUAGAACUGGUUGCCAUGGACAUGAAAGCAAGGGGCAUGUUUGUUUGUCGAACACUUAGCUAUAAAGGGGCUGAGUUUGAAGUUAUUGAGGCACCAUUGGAACCUAAGAUGAUGGAAAUGUAUAUGAAGGCAGCUGAAUUUUGGGCUGAAUUGCGUGUUGAGCUACUUACAGCUAGUGCAUUUCAUGCUGAAGAGAAGCCUAAUUCUAGUCAACUGUGGCGAUUAUAUUGGGCCAGCCAUCAGCGAUUCUUCAGACACCUGUGCAUGUCAGCUAAAGUUCCUACAGUUGUAAAACUUGCUAAGAAAGCAUUGAAGGAGAAUAAAUGCGUGGUCGUUGGCCUUCAAAGCACAGGAGAGGCACGCACUGAGGAAGCUAUUUCGAAAUAUGGCCUUGAACUUGAUGACUUUGUUUCUGGGCCACGUGAGCUGCUACUCAAAUUUGUUGAAGAAAAUUAUCCUUUGCCUGAAAAGCCUGAACCAUUUCCAGUAGAUGAUGAAGGUGUGAAGGAACUUCCACGAAAGAGACACUCAGCAGAUCCUGAUGUUUCAUUCAAAGGGCGAGUGAGAAAAGCUGCCAAAUGGAAGGCUGAAAGUGACGAAGAUAGUUUUGGUGAAUCUGAAUCUGAUAAUGAUAAUGAAUCUACUGAAUCUGAUGAUGAGUUUCAGAUCUGUGACAUUUGUAAUGGUGAAGAGGAUAGAAAGAAAUUACUUAAAUGUGCCUGCUGUGGCAAGUUAGUACAUCCUUCUUGUUUAGACCCACCUGUACCAGAUGUAUCUGAGGAGUGGACAUGCAAUUCAUGCCAUCAAAAAACAGAAGAAUUUUUGCAAGCAAAACGUGCUUACAUAGAAGAGCUCACAAAGAGGUACGACGAAGCUGUUGAACGGAAGAUAAAAAUUAUGGAAAUUAUUCGCUCUUUGGAUCUUCCAAACAAUCCACUAGAUGACAUUAUUGAUCAGCUUGGUGGACCUGAUAAUGUUGCAGAAAUAACUGGUAGGCGGGGAAUGCUUGUUCGGGCCUCAUGUGGUAAAGGUGUAACCUACCAGGCACGGAAUACGAAAGAGGUGACUAUGGAAAUGGUUAAUAUGCAUGAAAAACAGCUUUUCAUGGAUGGUAAAAAGUUUAUUGCUAUUAUAUCUGAAGCUGGGUCAGCAGGAGUUUCUCUGCAAGCUGAUAGAAGGGCUUUAAAUCAGAGGAGGAGGGUUCACUUAACUUUAGAACUCCCAUGGAGUGCUGACCGAGCAAUUCAGCAGUUCGGCAGAACUCAUCGAUCAAAUCAAGCCUCUGCUCCUGAAUACAGACUCCUCUUUACUAAUCUUGGUGGUGAACGGCGAUUUGCGUCUAUUGUUGCAAAGAGGCUAGAAUCUCUUGGAGCAUUGACACAGGGGGACCGGAGGGCAGGGCCAUCAUUAAGUGAAUACAACUAUGACAGUGCUUAUGGGAAAAGGGCUCUUAUGGUGAUGUAUAAAGGAAUUUUGGAGCAGGAUUCAUUGCCAGUUGUACCCCCUGGAUGUUCAAGUGAAAGGUCCGAAUCAAUUCAAGAUUUUAUAACCAAGGCAAAAGCUGCUCUGGUCUCUGUUGGCAUUGUUAGAGACACAGUUAAUGGAAAAGAAUCUGGAAAGAUAUCCGCACGUAUAGUUGACUCGGACAUGCAUGAUGUUGGUCGUUUUCUUAAUCGACUUCUUGGACUGCCUCCUGAGAUCCAGAACAGGAUAUUUGAGUUAUUUAUCAGUGUUCUUGAUGUAAUAAUUCAAAAUGCCCGAACAGAAGGGAAUCUUGACUCUGGGAUUGUUGACAUUAAAGCUAACAUUAUUGAAUUACUAGGAAAACCAAAGACUGUGCAUGUGGAUCAAAUGUCUGGCGCAUCAACAGUGCUAUUUACCUUCACUCUUGAUCGUGGAUCCACUUGGGAGUUUGCUUCUAAUUUGCUCAAUGAGAAGCAAAAGGGAAGUCUUGGCUCAACGCAUGAUGGAUUCUAUGAGUCCAAGAGGGAAUGGCUUGGAAGACGUCACUUCCUUUUAGCUUUUGAAGGCUCUACCUCUGGCUUCUUUAAGAUAGUCCGUCCUGCUGUUGGGGAGGUGAUAAGAGAAAUGCCUUUAAGUGAGCUUAAAAAUAAGUAUAGAAAGAUUUCAUCUCUGGAGAAGGCUCGUAGUGGUUGGGAAGACGAAUAUGAAGUUUCAUCAAGACAGUGUAUGCAUGGCCCCAAUUGCAAGGUUGGUAGCUAUUGUACUGUGGGAAGAAGACUGCAAGAAGUUAAUGUUUUGGGUGGCCUGAUCCUUCCAAUUUGGAAUGCAAUUGAGAAAGCCUUAUCAAAACAGGCCCGCCAGAGUCAUAGACGGGUUCGUGUUGUGCGUAUAGAGACAACAACAGAUAGCCAACGAAUUGUGGGGCUCCUUAUUCCUAAUGCGGCUGUUGACGAUGUACUUGAUGAUUUGGCUUGGAAUCGAGGUAUUGAUGACUAAUUCAUAUUCAUCGAGCCAUUUUCUACCAAAUUUCAUGAUUGAUUUAAGUGUCGCGUCGUCAACUCAAGCCGUUGGUAGCAAGAAAUGGAUCCCGUGCUAAAUACCCAGGAGUUGUACAUACAAGAGCAAAUUUUUUGAAUCAAAGCUAUAUCAUUGUUUAUCAACCCAUGAUGGGCGAUCUCAUCCUUGUAAAGCUUCAGUGUAAUAAUAGAGCACAGAAUUAUAGCGUCACUGAUGAACUAGACUCGGUGAUUUUAGCUGCUAACUAUAAAUAUGUAAACCUUCUUCAAAUAGUUAAUAUCCCUCGGUUCAUUUUAUUGGUUACAUUUUGAUUCUUGACCCUAUUUAUUAAAUGAGAUAAUCUUUUAAUUUAUUCCUAAUAUAUGAGAUAUGUUGUAAAAUAGUGUAUGUUCAUCAUCACUUGGUAGUUACUUUUGUAUAUAUAAAUUACUUCUUUGGAUGAUUAAGGAGUAGACAGUUUUUAUGA